CUUUGAAAAUCUUCGAUUUUACGCAACUCUUUUCAGACAAUAGUUAGUAGAAUCUAAACUUAAGUCACAAGAUGGCAGCAGUGGUUGAUAACCCGGCUUCUGAACUGGAUAAAUUUUCCAAACCUGAGGAGGGGGAGGAAAAAGAACAGCCGGAACAGCAAAUUGAGGGGGAACAAACUAAAAAGAAGAAAAAAAAGAAAAAGAAGAAGAAAAAUACGGAGAGCCCUGUGAAUGGUGAAGCUGGUGAAGAAUUAUCUUGCCCUGUAUCUGAUAUUGUUGGACAAAUGAAUGAGAAUACCAUUGCAGAUGGUGAAGCUGGAGAUGAUGCAGUGGGAGAGGAAGGCCCAGAAGAAGGAGGGGGAGGGAAAAAGAAACGUAAACGCAAGAAGAAAAAGGGUCCAAAACAACAAACUGAUCCCCCUACCAUACCAAUCUUCGAUUUGUACAAUCCAAAGAUAUUUCCGAAAGGAGAAGAAGUGGAAUAUCCACCAGAUAAAAAUGGGAAAACUUCAGAAUGGCGAACUACAUCAGAAGAGAAAAAGGCUUUAGAUAUUUCAUAUGACGAGAUGUGGAACGACUUCAGACAAGCGGCAGAAGCUCACAGACAGGUUAGGAAGUACGUUCAGGGAUAUAUACAGCCAGGAAUGACUAUGAUAGAUAUCUGCGAGAAAUUAGAAGACGCAUCGAGAAAACUGAUCAAUGAAAAUAAAUUGGAAGCCGGACUUGCUUUUCCGACAGGUUGUUCACUGAAUCACUGCGCCGCUCACUACACCCCUAACGCUGGAGACAAAACUGUUCUGAAAUAUGAUGACGUUUGUAAAAUUGACUUUGGAACUCAUAUCAAUGGACGAAUUAUCGACUGUGCCUUUACUGUGACCUUUAACCCCAAAUAUGAUAGGUUACUGGAAGCAGUGAAAGCAGCAACAAACACAGGAAUAAAGAACGCAGGCAUUGACGCGAGGCUUUGUGAGAUUGGUGAACUUAUACAGGAGACCAUGGAGUCAUAUGAGGUUGAGUUGGAUGGAAAGACUUACCAAGUAAAAUCGAUUCGAAACCUUAGCGGCCACUCGAUAGGUCCGUAUCAGAUUCACGCAGGUAAAACAGUUCCGAUUGUUCGAGGAGGAGACCAGACAAGAAUGGAGGAGGGCGAAGUAUUUGCCAUCGAAACUUUUGGAAGUACGGGCCGUGGUGUUGUACAUGAUGACAUGGAAUGCUCUCACUACAUGAAGAACUUUGAUUUGGCUCAGACACAUGUUCCACUCAGAUUACCAAGAGCAAAGAAGCUGUUGCAUAUAAUCGGUGAAAACUUCGGUACGUUGGCGUUUUGUCGGCGUUGGAUCGACCGUCUUGGAGAAACGAAGUAUUUGAUGGCGUUGAAAAAUCUGUGCGAUUCUGGAGUCGUUGAUCCGUAUCCUCCCCUUUGUGACAUCAAAGGUUGCUACACAGCGCAGUUUGAGCACACGAUUCUUCUCCGUCCGAAUUGCAAAGAAGUUGUCAGCCGAGGGGACGAUUAUUAGCGUUUCAUUUUUUUUCACGGACUAAUUUGUUCAUGAGAGUCUAUGGAUCAGUAAUAGAGAUGUACUGCCAAAUUUGGAUUAUUUUUGUGGCGUUUUUUCUACCCCAAUCAGCUGAAAAGUAGACUUUACUAUUAAAAUUUCGGCGCUCCAGAAGUAUGUGUACCAGUAUGGAGGUAACUCAUUUUGUUCGCCUAUGUUACAUCAAGUUGUGUAAAGAGACUGAAACCUAUGGGCAAGGGUGUAUAUUCACUCAGCUAACACAGACAGUCCCGAAUUCGUAAUAUAAAUGAAACAAGGAAAAUCAGAAUAAAAUUAUAGCAUAACCCUAAUCUGGUACAUAUACUACAGGAGUACCAAAUUUUCUUGUUCAAUUAAGCCUCUUGAAAAGCAGUUGGAAGUCUGGGUUUUUUUCCUCUUUCAUUUGAUUAUUUUAACCGAAUUAAAAUCUGGAAUAAACUUUUCUGAAGUUUCUAUAUCAUUCUUAGAACAAAGCUUUAGACCUCUUUACACACGCCCUACGAGUCCAUGGAAAAAUUUUUUUACGAUAAUUAUCUCGAUCAGCUGAAAAAAAUGGACUUUAUUGUUGAAUUUUCACAUUGUUAUCUUGAUCAAGGCCAACACCUACAUUUAGAACGAUACCCCAAUUUUCUAUUCAGGGGUGAUGCUUUUUUCUAAUUACCCAUUCAAAGGUAAAAGUGGACUCAUGUGUUGUUUUUAAAUCUUUAAUCCAAGCAAGGCUAAGAUAAUCUGCGGCUGAUAUUUAUAGAUAAGUGUUGUUUUAGCAUCUUCCCAUUUUGACAUGGCGUACCUGAUUUAAAUACCUUCUUAUGCUGUUUUCUCUCAUUGGCUUCAGCGACACUUGUCCUAAGCUUUGUUCAGAGUGAAGCUGGGUAAAAAUUAUGAAAUCAGUACAUCUCCAAAUUAUCUCUGUUCCAUGCAUGAUCAUGAACAAAUCAUUCAUUUUUGGAUCGUUUGGGAAUUGUGAAUAUUUUUAGCGAUAAGGUCAUUCAUGUGUGACUGUACAGCACCUUUUCUGCAUGAUUGAACAUGCAGCUUCAUUUGAUUCUGUAAAUUUUUGAAAUGUACAGCACGUAGUUUUGAUUUUAUUUGAAUUAUUGCGGAAUUCACACAUAGCUUUUUUCUUUUUUAAACCAAAAAAAGUUUUCAAAAAAAAAUCCCCC